AUGGCAUCAUCUUCAUCACAACCAUCUUCCAAGCUGAACGACUGUCGAAUUUGUUUGAAACAAAUACUUGCAGAGAAAAAAGGGGUAAUAACCACUUGCAUGCAUGAGUUUUGUUUCAAUUGCAUCGUGAAGCACGCGAAGAGAGUCAAACCCCACUGUCCAAUAUGCUGGAGGAGGUUUAAAUCCGUUUGGCGCAGAGUGGAUGGCAGGAGGAAGUUAUUUGAGGUGAAGCAAAAAAAAUUUUGCAAACAUGACCGUGGGAGGUACAGGGAUAUGGAUCUAUAUUAUCAUCUGCAAGGAGUGGAAACUAAGAAGAAGGAGGACAAAAAAUGUAUUACAAUUGAUGGUUCAGAUGACGAAGCUGAUGAAUUGUGGAAAUGCAGGGACAAGAGACCAUUCGACAAUCCUGUUACCUCCGAUUCAGUAAUCUUGCAAACUUUUAUUGAUGAACCUCUUUACGAUUCUAUCUUUCAAGUCAAUGAUGAUGAAGACGAUGAUACAAAAACAACUUCCAAUGGUAAACGAAAACGUGGGAAUGGAGGUGACGAGAAGUUGAGCAAGAAUUUGAAACUGGAGUCAUUAGACUGGUCAUGGUGA